GCACAGUGCCAGGCCUGAGUCAUGCUGCUCUGCUGCUGCCUCCUUCCUCCCCAGCUCACCUCUCACUGCGCUGCACUGCGCUGCGGCCACGGAGGCCCGCCCUGGUCCCGCCCUGCCUCUCGCUGCAUCUUGUGGCUCUGGGGUGGCAUAAAUGGAAGAGGGCCUGGGGCUGCCUGUCCUCAGCCCCUUGCUAAGGGCCUCCCUCCCGCUCUACUGAGGCCAGUUAAUUAUAACUGUGACCUAAGUGCCCUGUGACGCCACACCCGGGCCAGGGCUGCCUGGGAGACUCGGCACCAGGUCCAUGCCUCAGCCAUGUUCCCUGUGGAGGUACCCCUGUCCCACCUGGGCCCCCCAAUACUGCUUCUGCUACAGCUGCUGUUGCCCCCAACAUCUGCUUUCUUUCCCAACAUCUGGAGCCUCCUGGCUGCCCCUGGCUCUGUCACUCACCAAGACCUGACUGAGGAGGCUGCACUCAAUGUCACCCUCCAGCUCUUUCUGGAGCGGCCACCCCCAGGCCGGCCACGCCUUCGCCUGGAGGACUUUAGGGGCCGGACCCUCCUUGCCGAUGACAUCUUUGCGGCCUACUUUGGACCUGGUUCGCCUUCCCGGCGGUUUAGAGCAGCUUUAGGAGAGGUGUCUCGUGCCAAUGCAGCCCAAGACUUCCUGCCGGCUUCCAGGAACAACCCUGACCUGCACUUUGAUGCUGAGCGGCUGGUCCAGGGGCGCACUCUCCUGGCGGGGGCUCUUCGGGAGACCCUGGUGGCCGCCAGAGCCUUCCAGCACGCUUUGGCCCGCCAGCGCCUCGGGGCUGCGCUUCACGCCCUGCAGGAUUUCUAUAGCCACAGCAACUGGGUGGAGUUGGGGGAGCGGCAGCCCCACCCUCACCUCCUCUGGCCACGGCGGGAGCUCCGGAGCCUGGCACAAGUGGGUGACCCUACCUGCUCUGACUGUGAGGAGCUGAGCUGCCCUGGGAAUAUGCUGGACUUCACACUGAUCACCUCCGGUUACUUUGGAAUGCAUCCCCCCAAACCUCCAGGGAAAUGUAGCCAUGGGGGCCAUUUUGACCAGAGCAGCUCCCAGCCGCCCCGGGGAGGCAUCAACAAGGACAGCACAUCCCCAAGCUUCUCCCCGCACCACAUGCUGCACCUCCGGGCUGUGGAAGUGGCUCUCCUGGCCUCCAUCGAGGCCUUCAGCCUCCUGCGAAGCCGCCUGGGAGACAGGGGUUUCUCCAGGCUGCUGGACAUCACACCAGCCUCCAGCCUGAGCUUUGUCCUGGACACCACAGGCAGCAUGGGCGAGGAAAUCAAUGCAGCCAAGGUCCAGGCUCGCCGCAUCGUGGAGCAGCGGCAGGGCAGCCCCAUGGAGCCCGUGUUCUAUGUCCUGGUGCCCUUCCAUGACCCAGGGUUCGGCCCCGUCUUUACAACCAGUGACCCCGACAGCUUCUGGCAGAAACUCAACGAGAUCCACGCCUUGGGGGGCGGAGAUGAGCCUGAGAUGUGCCUGUCCGCCCUGGAGCUGGCCCUGCUGCACACACCUCCUCUCUCAGACAUCUUUGUCUUCACUGACGCCUCCCCCAAGGAUGCCUUUCUUACCAACCGAGUGGAAUCCCUGACUCGGGAGCGGCGCUGCAGGGUGACAUUCCUAGUGACUGAAGACCCGUUGAGGGUUCAGGGGCGAGCGCGGCGAGAGGUCUUGUCUCCUUUGCGUUUCGAACCCUAUGAAGCCAUCGCCCUGGCCUCAGGAGGAGAGGUGAUCUUCACCAAAGACCAGCACAUUCAGGACGUGGCAGCCAUUGUUGGAGAGAGCCUGGCUGGUGGUUGGGUGACUCUUCCCCUGGAGCCUCGUGUCUUCAUCCCUGGGGAGACUUGUGUGUUUGCUGUGGACAGGCUGCUCCGGCAGGUCACAGUCUGGAUGCACGGGGACAUCAGCAGCUUCUGGAUCAAGAACCCUGCAGGGGUGUCCCAGGGCCCAGAGGAAGGCACAGGUCCUCUGGGUCACACUCGUCGCUUUGGACAGUUCUGGACAGUGACCAUGACUGACCCCCCUCAGACAGGGUCUUGGGAGAUCCAGAUAGCCGCUGAGGGGAUUCCCCGGGUGAGAGUGCAAGCCCAGACUUCCCUGGACUUCCUCUUUCACUUUGGGAUCGCCGUGGAUGAUGGACCCCACCCUGGCCUCUACCCCCUGACUCAGCCAGUUGCAGGUCUGCAGACCCAGCUGCUGGUGGAAGUGACGGGGCUAGUCUCUAGACAGAACCCUGAGGAAGGCCGGCCACACUUUUCCCACGCUGUCCUUCGGAGGGUCCCGGAGGGCACUCAUCUGGGCCGGGUGCCCUUGGAGCCCGUGGGACCCCCUGAGCGGGGUCUGCUCGCGGCCUCACUGCCGCCCACACUGCUCUCGGUCCCUGCACCCUUCUCUCUGGAGCUGGUUGGCCAGGAUGGAGGGGGACAGGGUCUGCGCAGGACGGCCCCCCAGCCUUGCCCUGUGGCUCCAGUGCUUCUGGAGCUCAGUGGCCCGCCAAGUUUCUUGACCCCGGGCAGCAAGGCUCCUCUCAGUCUGCACAUCGCCAGCUUCUCUGGCCCCCAGGAUCUUGAUCUUAGGACGUCCGUCAACCCUGGCUUCUCCCUCACCUCCAACCUCUCCAGGGCCCACCUGGGACAGAAUGAGUCUGCCUGGGGACGCCUGUGGUUGGAGGUCCCCGAUUCAGCAGCCCCCGACAGUGUGGUGAUGGUGACUGUGACCGCGGUGGGUCAAGGAGCCCGCCCAGUGCCCCCGACCCAUGCCUUCCUCCGGCUCCUGGUGCUGGCCCCGUCCUCACAGGAUCAACCGGAGACCCCUGUCCACUCUGCCGACCGAGGGCGCCCUCCAGCCACCCCAGCCUCGCUUCCUUCCACUUUGGUGACUCAGGACAGAGCUGGGGGAGGGGUGGUCGACAAAGCCUGGUGGGGAACAGUUGGAGGGGUGCUGUUCCUGCUAGGUUGCUCUUCCUGGUAGCACGGCAGCCCCACAGGGACAGGACUCUUCUCAGCACCAUUCUCAGUCCGCCCCAUAGGUGGGAUGGUCACAUGCUUUGGGGCCCUGGCCCUCCUAACUGGAUUUUUCUUCUGUCACACUUGUCCCUUACUCCCCACCCUCCCAGGGGUCCGGGUUUCUCUGUGUAGUCCUGGCUGUCCUGGACCUCGCUCUGUAGACCAGGCUGGCCUGGAACUCAGAAAUCCACCUGCCUCUGCCUCCCGAGUGCUGGGACUAAAGGCAUGCGCCACCACCGCCCAGCUCCCUUAUCUUUCUUAAAGGAGUAGACUGGCAUGGUGGGUCCAUUCCUGUGUCCCUGACAGGGAGGCUGAGGUAGGAGGGCUGCUGCCCUGAGUUCAAGGUCAGCCUGAGCUAUGAGACCUUAUCUCAAAAACAGCAUCAACCGAACAAACCGUAGAGACUGGGGUGGAGGGUGAUGGAUUCCCGUGAGGCGCUUUUCCUGACCUGACCAGGAACCAAACAAAAAGCAUUUUUUUUUUUUUUUAAAGAAAGCUGCUGUUUAUUCCAGGAGGGCAGGGGCAGGGGCAGG